UCCAGGCUUAUAGGGUUUAAUAAAUAAUACUUUGUUUAUUGGAUUAAUAAUCGUUUAUAAAGUUUAAAUAAUACACGGCAUAAAUCUCUGUCUUCAUAUGUAUUAGAGAUAGAAAAGAAAACUAGUCUAAAACAUUGAGGAAUGUAUUCUAUAUGAGUAAGUAGAAUGUGGCCACUGUUGAAUAAUUUUUGCUUCGUCGCUGUUUUAGGAAGCUUUUCUAAAAGCUUUUGUCUAAUAAAGGACGCAAGACCUGCCAGGACUUGUAUUUCAUUCUCUAUAUAGUACAUAGAUUCGUCAGACAAAAAGGUGCUUCGAAUGUUUAGAUUACUCUGUGUCUCGAUAGUGUCCAAGUUUUCGUAGCUACCGGUACAUUUUUAUGAAGGAACUGUGCUUAAUUAUACGAGAUAAUGGCAGCACAACGAGCAUUGCCUCAAAGCAAAGAAGCUUUAUUAAAGUCUUACACGACGAGAUUAAAAGACGACGUGAAGUCGAUGCUGGAAAAUUUCGAAGAAAUCAUCAAGCUUGCCAAAGGAGAAAACGAUUCCCAAUUAUCUCGGAUGACACAAUGCGAACAAGACACGUAUGAAAUGCACGUCAGAGCAGCCAAUAUUGUGCGCGCUGGAGAAUCCCUAAUGAAACUUGUCUCCGAUAUAAAGCAAUACCUCAUACUGAACGAUUUUCCCUCUGUAAAUGAAGCCAUAGCACAAAACAGUAAAUUGUUCAGGACAAAGCAAGCGGAAUGCGAUCAGAAACUGGCAUCCUUGAGGGACGACAUGGCUGCCGAUCUGUACGAUUUGGAAGAGGAAUAUUAUACGUCUAUAUACAAAUAAUGUAAACUUUAUCUUCUCGGGGGAUAUAUAAUUGUGUACUUGUCCUAUGGACCAUACCUUGAACUGAAAUGUGAUUUAUUUGUUUGGUAAUACUGUAUAUAUUUAUUUAAAUAAAUAAGAAUAAUUUUGAUAGUA